UCUCUCAUCCUGUUUCUUGUAUAGAUAUGAGUCUAGAUAUGGCCAGAGUCUCUGUGUCUCAGACCUCUCCUCCUAAGUCAUCCACUCAUUCAUCAGCUCAUCAAAGUGAUGACGACCUGACAAGACAGCCUAGUGUGGACACACUGUCCAUUGAGCCAGCCGUUACACCUACUAAAACAGAUGGACGUAGCUCACUUAUUAGUAAAAGAAAGCCAGCUGCCAAGCCUAGUUUUGGUAAAGGACUAGGAGCCCAGAAAGUCAACAGGAGUUUCUCUGAGAUUGAAAAACAAGUAGAAGAAGAACAGAAAACACUAGAAAAGCAAGCAGCUGUCUUUACUGACAAAAGCCCCCACCAAGACAAGACAGAGUUUGCUGUUCAAGUUGAUAGACAGAAGAUGGCCUCUCUUGAUCCAAUGAAAGCUAAGCAGGCAGAGAGGCUAGGAAUGGGACUAUCUCGUGCAAGGUACUAG